GAAUGUUACCAAAAACGGUAAAAAUUGAAGAUGAACGAAAUAACAAAAGUAAGCACUUUCAUCGGCGCAUCAUUUUUGUGACUAUAGAAAUUGCAUUAAUUGCUGCAUAUUUGAGCUACAAACAUAACAUUAUCAACCGGGAACAAUUGAGCUGGCUACGUAGAGGAAAACAUGAUGUUUUGCCCCGAACCUACCAACAAAAUACUAGUAGCUUAGCAGAGCAACUAGCAAUGGAUGUGCGUAUCCUCUGCUGGGUUAUGACUACGCCUAACAAUCACAAAACCAAAGCGAUACAUGUUCGACGUACUUGGGGCAGACGUUGUAAUCGGCUACUGUUCGUAACAUCACAAGCCGACGAAGACUUGGGCGAGACGUUAGUUAUUAGCGAAGUGGAGGACAAGUACGAGACGAUAUGGGCGAAAACUAGAUUGGCAUUCGAGCAGAUAUAUCAUAAGUAUGGAGACGAUAUGGACUGGUUCUAUAAGGCGGAUGAUGAUACAUUUGCUUUCAUUGAAAAUAUGCGUUACAUGCUUUAUCCGUACAGUCCUGAAAUGCCGAUUUAUUUUGGAUAUAAUAUGAAAUAUGAUAAGGAUAUAAAUCAGGUCUACAUGUCUGGUGGCAGCGGGUAUGUCUUAAGUCGAGAAUCACUGCGUCGCUUUGUUGAGUCCGCCAUUGUUAAUAACACCAACUGUGAUAUUUUAAACAAUUUACAAGCUGAAGACGUGGCUAUGGGUCAAUGUUUGCGCGCCGUGGGUGUGUCGGCUGGAGAUUCACGUGAUGCACACUUAAAAUGGCGUUUUUAUCCUUUCGAACUCUUUACGGCGCUUAUGACUUCUUAUUAUACGGAUGAUUUUUGGCACUUUGGUUACAGUUAUUAUAAUCCACGUGCGUGUCGCGAUUGUCUCUCGAGUUAUCCUGUAGGUUUUCAUUAUAUCAGCCCCGAAAAAAUGUAUUUCUAUGACUAUUUCGGCUACGAAUUUCCCCGAAUGCAAUUAGAUGACGAGGAAGUAUUACCGAAGAGGUUAAGUAUGGACGAAGUAGUAAUUCCUGAACCCGAUAAUAUUUGGGAUAUUGUGAAAAUAUAGUAAAACUGAAAAUAUUUAUGUACAUACAUAUACUACUAUGUAUAAAUCAAUACAAUACGAAUA